GUCCUUAAACUUUUCAGGAAAUUAGUGAGAACUGUGAAAACCAAGCUACCUAAUCAACUUGACAGCUGCACAUAUAUCUAGACACUGCCUGUGUGCUGCUGUCUGGGCUUUCAACUGAUUUAACGCUAGGUCAUUUAGCAGGAAAAUGGAAUCUAGUGCCUUUGGUGCCUCGCUUGCCGGGGGUGCUUUCGAUUUGACGAGCUUUGUAAAACAACCUCAAACUAUAGUCCGCAUCUUGAGCUGGCUAUUUUCCAUAGUGGUUUUUGCGACCAUUACUGGGGAAGGCUUUGUCAACAAGCCAUCCUCGCAGGAGUUGUAUUGCAUGUUCAACCAAAAUGAAAAUGCCUGCAACUUUGGUCUGGGUAUUGGAGUACUGGCCUUCCUGGCAUGUGUGAUCUUCCUCGUAUUGGAUGCCUACCUGCCUCAAAUCAGCAACGCUAAAGAGAGAAAGCAUAUUGUUACAGCCGAUCUGGCCUUUUCGGGUCUCUGGGCGUUCCUGUGGUUUAUCUGCUUCUGCGUCUUGGCCAACCAGUGGUCACACAGCACCGGUGACUUAAAAAAUGUUGGCGAUGCUGCCCGAGCCGUAGUGACGUUCUCAUUCUUCUCCAUCUUUACCUGGGGUCUUUUGGCUCUAUUUGCCUAUAAGCGAUUUAAGCAAGGAGUAAGUGACUUUGACCAAGGCUACACAGACCCAGCCAACGACAACAGUACGCCCUACCCACCCACCUAUCCUCCCUACCCAAACAGCGGCCCUGAGGGCUACCAGCAGUCACCUUUCAGCCAAGCAUCGGAGCGUCCUGGAGAAUACAAACCCCCGGCACACUAAAAGAUUGCCCUUCUCAGACAUGAAAUAGGGGAGAGGGUAUUUUUAAGUAGUUGCCGACAAUGCCUCAGCUACAGACUGGUUUCUGCACUCAGUCUUUUUCUCCUGACUGUAACUGCUCAGUUACAGCUCGCCCUGUGCUUGCAUGUGGAAUGGUGCUCUGAAAUGCAGUCGGUUUGUAUUCAUGCCAUAUGGAGUGGGGUUUGGAGAGAUUUUCAGCAUUUUAUGAUUGUGUGUAAAUUAGUCAAUGACUGUGCACCGUCUAACAGCCUUCGAUAUAGAUGCCAAACACAGAUCUUCCUUUGGAGAGAGAAAUCACUGUUGACAUCAUCAUCCUCUGUACUUACUAAAUGUCUUUCUCUCUUUCGGUUAUAGUUUUUCUUCCCUGAGUUGUACACCUUAAGCCUGUCUCUUCACAGCCAAUUAUUUACAUUUAGUCAUUUUACAUUUGAUGCAAUCACAAUGAUGGCUGCUUUAGACACAUCAUUCCUCACUGGGGAAAUAUCAUGUGUAAAUGAGAUCUUGCAUGGUAGACAUUUGGAGCAUUUUUUAUUUAAAUCGGUUUAUGCUCUAUUUACAUUUAUUGAAUACACAUUCAAUCAUUCUACAGCCUAUUGUUACAUCAUAGGGUACAGCAAAGUUUAUGUUCUCUGCAAACCCAUGCAUGCUGUAUUCUUUGUUACAACCCCACAACUGUACUUUAAUUAGAGCACAUAGGGACUAUGAUAAUCAAAUCUAUAGAUUUUCUUCAUAGAAUGUCUUUAUGAAUAACCACUGAAUUCACAAGUGUGGUUUUGUGUGUACACUGGAUAACAAUAUGCCUUGUGUUUUUUGGGCAGUUGAAUGUAUCAAUGUAAUAGAAAUUUCGCUAUGCUAUUUGAAUAGUUACAACAGUUCAGAUUAUUGUUUCUGUUUUUAUUUGCAUAAUGUUACUGCAAAAAUGGCUGUAUAUUUAGUUAAGUUGGGUUGGCUGUUAAGACCCCUUACCACAUUGUGUGGGACUCCUACCUCUGCCAAGCUACAGGUGUUUUCCAACUGGGCCUUCCAAAGGCUUCUGUCUGGGGUGGGUUUCACCUUCAGUAUAUGCUCAGCCAAAUUCCAAUCUAAACAAUAGUACUGCAAAUACUGAUAUUGCAAUUAUAAACCAUGCUAGUUUGGGAUAUAACUUUUUUUUUUGCACACCCAUUGUU